UGUAACAAGAAAUGCCUCGACAUUCUCCGUGAAACUCGAAGAAAUCCACCACCCAAUACCAGAGUGGAAAUACACAUCGGUUAUUGUAAGGCAAGAUAUGUUUGCCGAAAAGGAACUGACAUAAGAACUUGCAGGAAUGGGCAGUGGAUUGGAAGCAAAGCACUCAAGUGUCCAGGUGAAGUUUCUCUGGUUGACUCGCUUUGGUUUGGAUAAAUUACAACCAUUUGAUCGAACAGAAUGAAUUAUUACAAAUCAAAAUCCGUAAGCCACGUCGCCAUUCGAUGUUCAUAGGUUGAAUAAUAAACUGGAUUUUGUUUUACCGAUACAAAAAUAUCCAUUCCUAAGCUAGAUCGAAAGCAUUCCACUAUAAUCCAUGAUUAUUACUAGUUUAUGAUUGAAAACGUAAGAAACUGUUCUCAUAUUUUAUUUCAUAAUAUUUUCUAACAUUCUUUUUAUCAGCAUAUUGCGGCAAACCCGCGAACAUUCCACACGCCGCAUUCUCUGGUUCCCGUUUCAACUUCAACAGUAUAUUAAAGUACAGAUGUGAUCAAGGCUAUGUGCUCAAAGGACCAAAAAGAAGGAAAUGCAGAAAAAACGGACAGUGGUCUCAGGCUCCUACAUGUUCACCAAGUAAUUUGAAUAUGACAAUCUUUACACACCUGUAAAGGCAACAAUAAUUGUCAGUUGAGUGUCCAAAGUAAUCAGGGAUUAUUUUGAUUUUGCGUAAUAUUUUUAGGUAUAAUGAUAAGUCAGUCUUUCAGUCAGUCAGUAUGUGAAUCACUCAGCCUUUCUUCUUACAUCUCUCUUGAGUUAGUCAUUCAGUCUGUGAGUCAGUCUGUUAGCAUUUGAGUUAGUCAGUCAUUCGGUGAGUUGGUCAGUCAGUUAUGCAUAUAUGAGUCAGUCUGUCUGUCAGUCAGCUUGUGAGUCAGUCAGUCGGUCAGUCGGUCAGUCGGUCAGUCAGUCUUAGGAGUCUUUUGUUUCUUGUUUCUUUCAGAAACUCAUUAUUCCGUUCGUUCAGCCACUAGAAUAGUGGAGUGUUAAUUGGCAGGUGGAUCGACUGGCCUAUUCCACAAAGUAUCACCUUAAAAUACAGAAAAGACACGAAAAGAACAGAACAAAUGAAAGCGCAUUGCAAUAAACCGGUCUUCUUUGAAGUGAUCAUUAAUUUUUUUUAUGUUUUUUGUUCACAGAUUAUACACCCUGUGGUGUAAGUCCUGUUGACCUGAGGGCGAGAGUGGUCGGUGGUAAGAGUUCGAAAAGAGGCUGGUGGCCCUGGCAGAUUAGACUGCGCAGGGUCAACUCAAAAGGUAGUUUGAAUGGAAAAUUUUCAUUGUCUGGCUCAUUCAUUGAAUGCUGUAUAUAUCAGGAAAGCAUGACUAACAUUUUUGUUCCGACAUUCGGCAAAUCCUUUUAAGUAGCAUAUGACUGUCUGUGGCCUUUCACAACAGCAGAAAAAAAUUUAUCUUUCAAAUCUCACUCUUAAUUCUACACGCUAUCAACGAACGAUUGUCAUUCAACUGAUUUUUUUGUUUGUUUAUUUUUUCACGUUAUUAUGCUCCUAAAAAGACAGAGUAGCUCCAUUUUUCCGUAUAUGUUCCUCUGUUGCCUCUGACGAGGGGCCAAGCACGAAACGUUACUUAAAAUGCACUGGUCAAAAGAUGAUUUUUUUUCCGCCAUAAUUUUUGAGUAGUUUUUUUUUUAUUAAGAAAUUAUUGCUAGAAAAUAAUACUUACUGUUUUUCAAUUUGUUUCCUAUCUCUUUUUUAAGCGGAACUUGUGCUUAUCUGUGGUGGUGCUCUUAUUUCUCGUCGCUGGGUUCUGACGGCUGCACAUUGUGUUUACCACAGAGAUUUUCGAGGGGCUCGUGUUCUCGACAAUAUAUCCAAUAAGUAAGCACUGAGUCCAAUAAUCCUUUAUACGUUUGAAGUUUAAAGAAACAUUUUAUAUCUAUAGAUAUCAUUUUUUCAUUGUUGUAUUUGAAAGCACAUUUAAAGGCAGAGAAAAUUCUGCAGAAGAAAAAAAGUAUUCGAGUUUCUGAUAUCAUUCACAAGGAUUAACUCUUGAAAAACUCCCAAAACCAGUCUUUCCUUAGUAGGCGAAGCAAAUUAUUUUCUCUACGACUAUUACUCUUUAUCUCGCAGGUACCGCGUGACAGUGGGUGACCACCACUUGAGGAAGGAUGAAAAAUCUCAGAUUGACGUGGAAGUGAUGAAGAUAUUUGUUCAUGAAGAUUAUGAUCAUGGGAAAAUCACAAAUGACAUUGCUCUAGUCAAACUCGACAAGGAGGUGGAACUUGGCCCCUAUGUACGGACAUUGUGUAUUCCGGACAAGGAUCAAGGGGAUUUGGCAAUCGUUAAAAAGUACGGCAUAGCAACAGGAUGGGGUGUAACGCAAGCCUUGAAACUCUUACAAUACCCCAAAGAACACAAACGCUACUCAGACCGUCUUCAAUACUCAGCCUUCACAAUUCAAAGCGACCAGCUGUGCGCUAACAAAUCAGCGGGAUACUUUUUUAACUCCACAGUGACGUUUUGUGCCGGGGAUGGAAAGGGAGGAAAUGAUACUUGCAGAGGUGACGGUGGAGGAGCUUUUGUCCGUGAGGCAAAAAGAGGAGACGACUUCCGUUGGGUGGCUACUGGGCUGGUCAGCUGGAGUUUGGGCUGCGCACAAAAGGAUCAUUAUGGAUACUAUACCAGGGUGUUCUCAUUUAUUGAUUGGAUAAAGAAAACUAUGGAAGACAACUCAUAA